AUGGACGUGGUGGAAGUGCAGGAUGCUGACGUACUGGAAGAAGUAGAAAGGUUUUUGGAUUUCGCCUGUGCAGCGGAUCUGGAUGGCAUCGCUGGAAUCUUGGCGAACGGAUUAUCAGUGGAUGUGGUAGAUGAUGCUCACACCACUGCGCUUCAAAUCGCUGCUGCGCAGGCAGUAGAUAAAUGUAAUGACUGCGGGUUCACGCCACUUCUGCAUGCUGCCCGGAAUGGGAAGGCAGAAGUUGUGGAAUUGUUAAUCCGACACAAUGCUGAUCCGUGUCGAACCACGUAA